AUGCGCGCCUCGCCCAUCGCCCUCUUUCUCUUCGCUUUCGCAUGCGCCUCUUCUUUGGCUCAGACGACAUCGCAGCAUCAAAGUGGUGCUGGCGCCGACGUUAGCGAUUUGACCAUCCUCAAUCCUACGAGUGGGGCAACAUGGACUUCCAGGACUCAGACGCAGGUGUCAUGGAGCGGCACGGCGCCUGCCAAGUUCAACAUCCAGGUUCUGAAUGACAACAAUAGGAUUCUGGCAAAUGGCAUCUCAGUCGCCAACAACGUCGACGCUUCCAAAGGUUCCGUCACGCUGACCCUCGGCGAUUAUGCUUCGGCCGACAAUUAUCAUGUCCGUUUCUACUCCGUCUCCAACAUCAGCACCGAGUAUGCGCGCUCUGGUCCCUUUAGGAUCCAAAGACCUGCACAUGGUACGGUGACCAGCAACAGUACGGGAUGGAGCCAAUCGGGCGGCGGCAACGCGAGCGCGGGUGCGGUUGCGGGUGCCGGUGCGAGCAGCGCCAAUUCGAGCACAUCCAACAACGGCAGCAGCGGCACCGAUUCCACUUCCACCAACGCCAACGCCAACGCCAACUCCAACGGAUCUAACGCUGCUACAGCCGCCAACAACGUCAACACCACGUCUCCUCGUCCGGCGACUUCGCAAGGCAGCAGAGACGCCGCUGCUCCUGUGCGUACGAAGGAUGUCCAAGUUUUGCUCGGCGUCACGGUGGCCUCGACAGCGGCGAUUGUGGCCUGCUUGAGCCUCCUCUGA